AAGAAGGGAGGUGAUAAUUAAGAGAAAUGGCAUUCAAAUACCAUAUUGUGUGUGUGUGCUUGGGGUUGUUCAUCUUCUGUGCUACUAGUAGCAUUCAGCCAACUAAGCUUGUGGACGAGGUCUGUCACUCAACUUCCAGUUACUCCUUGUGUGUGGAGUCUCUAUACACGGACCCACGCACGCCCAGUGCUGAUAUCUAUGUGCUUGCCUACAUCUCGUUUCGCUUAGCAUUCCUCAAUGCCUCCAGCACCCAAGACCAUAUAGCCAAGCUGCUCAAGCACACAGAGGCAAAGGCAAAGGCAAAGGCAAACACAGGCCCUACCCAGCAAGUCCUCCGACGAUGUUAUCAUGAUUACAACAAGGCCGUUUCUGCACUCUCAUCCGCCUACAACGACCUCAACUCGGAAACAUUCUCUGACCUCGUUGAUUGGGCAGGUGCUGCUUCUCUUGCUGCGGAUGACUGCCAAGUUGUUGUCAAGACAACUUAUCCUCCUUUGAGCACCAUGAAUCUUGAUUUGAAGCGUCUUUGUGAAAUCUGCGUUGCUGUCUCUAAACUCUUUACUUGAGACUUGCUUGCUUAGUUUAGAUGCAAUGAUAGCUACUACUAGUAGCUAGGGUCAUGUUGCUCCUCUUGUUUACUUCCCGUUUCCUUGCUGCCGUCUUGUUUCUUAAUAAUCUUUGCGGAAUCUGUUAAUUAAUAAUUAUUGUGCAA